AUGAUCUUCUUAUUGAUUUCAGCUGUUACAGUAUUUUUGAAUCUACUGGUGAUCAUCGCCAUCUCUCACUUCAAGCAGCUCCACACUCCAACCAACCUGCUCAUCCUCUCUCUGGCUGUGUCAGAUCUCCUGGUGGGACUCAUUGUUAUACCAGCAAAUACUUUAGCAAUAAUGGAACCAUGCUGGGUUCUUGGGGAUUAUUUUUGUGCAUUGCUCCUCUACAUAACAUUUUUAAGUGAAACUUCCUCUCUUGGUAAUUUGAUCUUGAUAUCUGUUGACCGUUAUGUUGCUGUGUGUGAUCCCUUAAUGUACAACUUGAAAAUAACAACAAGAAGAACAAUUUUUUGUAUAUUCAUUUCCUGGUGUUGUUGUAUCAUGUAUGAUGUUGUUUAUGUAAAACUAUAUGUAAAAAUACAGGUGCCUAGUGGAUGUUUUGAAGAGUGUUAUUCAAUUGAAGGAGCUUUUUGGUUUAGUGUCUUUGAUUUUCUGAUUUCAGUGAUUGUGCCAUGUUCUAUUAUUAUAACACUUUAUUUGAAAAUAUUCCUGGUGGCCAGAUCACAAUCCAGAAAGAUUCAACAUGUUUCAAAGUUGGCUGCCACUGUGUCUUAUGUUCAAAGUGUACAGGCGAAUAAUUCUGAGAAAAAAGCAGCAAAAACUCUAGGUUUUGUUGUUUUUAACUACCUUCUUUUUUGGAAUCCGAUAUUUAUUUUAUUUUCUAUGUUGUCAGGUUCCAAUUUAGCAUCAAUUAUCAUCAGCUGUCUGCCACUUGUGAAUUCCUUUAUUAAUCCAAUAAUUUAUGCUUUCUUUUAUCCAUGGUUCAAAGUGACAGCUAAACGAAUUUUAGGUCUAAAGUAA